UUUCUUCACUCGAAGAAAAAUGCUUUCCUCUCUUUUACAAGAACCCAAAACCCACAAAAAAGCAGAAAGAAGAAAAUUAGAAAAAACUCAUCAGAUCUUAGAAAAAGCAGACCUGUUUUUUGAAUUUUGAAAAGUCGGUCUUUUUUUCAGAUUUCUUGCAGUACCAGAAAGGUUCCUCCUGAGGUGAAAAAGGCCUGUGAUUGUGUUUUUGCAAGGGUUUUUCUAGGGUUUUGGCCAGCAAAUAGUCCAACUUUCUUCAUCUUUUCUCACCCUUUUCCUUUUUCUGGGGUUUUGAGCAAAACCCUACUUUUGUUCUUUAAAAAAAAAAAAAACUGAAUAUCCAUUUUAUAAAUUGGCUCUUUUUACUGAGAGCAGUAGAAGUAAGCUUUUUCUUGGCUUUUUCUGUUUUCUUUCAUCUCUUUCUCUCUCUCUUAUUAUAGUAUCAGUAGUAAAGAUAAAAGGGGUAAUAACCAGAAAAAUUCCAGGUUUUAGUGGUUUCUAUAAGCAUCAAAAGCUACAGUUUUUUUUUUUCUUCUUCUUCUUUUCUUUCUUUUCUUUUGAAGUUUUCGAAUCAGAAAAUCUCUCAAACUCCCCAACUUAUUCUACCUUCCCCUGUUUUGAUCAGCCCGAAAAUACUGUAAUUCUUCAAAAACCUCCCACAAAACCCAGAAAGGAUGUCAGUUUUUUUAUGAGCUUAAAUGAAUAAAUGAUUCAACCUUCCAUGCUUUUAAGCUUCAGAACCUCAAAAUCCAGGAUAUCUGGGCAUUAAAUCCGUAAAAAUCCCAUCUUUUCCCACUCCCUACAUGUUUUGAAGACGCCCAUAAAGAAGAAAUUCUUCAAAAACCCACUAACCGUUUUGAGUGCUUUGUAGAGCUUGAUUGAAAAAAGAUUGCAACUUUGAAUCUUCCUAAACUUCAGAAUCUCAAAACCCAGAAAUUUCUGGGCAUAAAAUCUCCUAAAAGUCCUACCUUUUCUUCCCUUACAAAAAAUGGAAAACCCAGAAAUUUCACUCAUCUUUCAUCAAUUUAAAACCUGUUUUCUAUAACUUUCAACCAAGUGAAAUUUCUCACCUUUCUGUGAAAAACCCCGAGAUCUCCAUUGGUUUCCUGAAUAAAAGUUUCACCUUUUCAUCGUCAUUCCCAAGAGAAGAAGCAGAAAGGAGUUGAUUUUUCUGGGUUUUACAAUGUCAAUGCCACUAGAUCAGCAGCAGCAAUCCCCUCCAAUGGUUCUAAAUCAGCAAGCCUACAACUCCCACUCAGGAAGUGGAUCAAUCGGCCCUGUGAUUGCCGUCCUCGCCGUGAUCACGAUCUUAGGCAUCAUCGCAGGAAUGAUCGGUCGGCUCUGCUCUGGGAGGAGAAUCAUGGGCUAUGGGCAAUUCGACUUCGAAGGCUGGAUUGAGAGGAAAUGCUCUUCUUGCAUCGACGGAAGGAUCGACCAGCCAUUGCCGAGGAACAACGCCAAUGCUGGCAGCAGCGCCGACUCUGUUCCAAUCACAAUUCCGGUUGAGAACACUCAAGAAACAAAGCAUGCAGAGCAAUCUCCUCAAAACCCAACUCCAGCUGCUGAAUCUUGACAUGGGUUGGCUCAAUUUCUCUCUCUUUCUCUCUCUGAUGUAUGUGAAAUGGGCCUGUUUUUAUCUUCUUCUUGAUCUUUUGUUAUGUUAUUUUUAUUUUUUUUUUUGGAUUUUCAGCAUCAUUGCUAUAUAUCAUGGUCAUGAGCAUCAGGAUCAUCAGAUGAUGAGAUUUUAUCUUCUUCUUCUUUUCUUCAAUAGAUGUAAUAGAUGACAAAAAAGCUCUUUUUUUUUCUUUUUU